AUGACUUUGUACGGGUCUACCGAUGCGAGUUGGUACCGCAGCAAGCUGCAAUUGCGGUCACCCAUCAGUCUUCCGCUUCGACACUUAUUCAAACGUCUUCUGCGCCUUCCUCCCAUGCCUCGCCUCAUACUCACAACUCUGCUGACUCUGAUAGCGUCUUUCAUCGUGUACAGCAAGCGAAAGCGUAACAGAACUGCUCCUCCUGGACCUCGCGGUCUACCAAUCAUCGGAAACAAGCAUCAAAUCCCGAAAGACCGUCAGUGGCUGCAAUGGGCCGAGUGGGCGAAACGAUAUGGCGACAUCAUCCAAAUCUCAAUACUCGGACAUCCUGUGAUCAUUCUGUCAUCGUACAAGGCCGCCACAGAUCUGCUAGAAACCCGUGGAAACAUCUACUCUGACCGACCAACAGCACCAAUGGCGGGAGAAUUAGUUGGAUGGGCUCGUGGACUUGGCUACACUCAAACGAGCAACCCUCGGUUUCGCGAAUUCCGCCGCCUGUUUCACCAAUUUGCGGAUAGCACUCCAAAGCUCAUUAGGUUGCUUCGAAAGCUGAUCGAAGAUCCUGAUAAUUUCGAUGCCCAUGCUCGAAAUUGUACCUCCUCAUCGAUUCUUAGUCUCACGUAUGGUUAUCCUUCGAAUAUGGGCGACCCUCUUGGUCUCGUCAAGAUAGCUGAAAACGCUAUGAGAGGUUUUUCUGUCGCAUCUGAGCCAGGUAGAUGGUGGGUGGAUAUUCUCCCUGCUUUAAAAUAUCUUCCAGCAUGGUUUCCAGGAGCCUCAUUUCACAUCGCUGCUAGACAAAUGCGUGACGAUUUAAAUCUUCUUUACGACGUACCGUAUAACUUUGUCAAAGACGCCAUAGUGUCCGGAAGUUCAAAUCCAUCAUUUGUGUCAAGUUAUCUUGAAGAGAAGAGCGGCAAAGAAACAUGUGACGAAGAACAACUUAUUCAGGCAUUCGGGGCAUCCUUGUAUUCAGGCGGGGCAGAGACAACUCCCUCUGCGCUUUGCUCCUUCAUUCUCGCUAUGGCCCUUAACCCCCACGUGCAAGACCAAGCUCAAGCUGAAUUGGACAUCGUUUUCUGCUCCAAUAAGUCUUCUGCUCUGCCAACACGACUGCCCACCCUUGCAGAUAGGGAUCGACUUCCUUACAUUUCUGCACUUGUCAAAGAAGUUUGGCGAUGGAACCCUUCCGUUCCCUUAGGACUUCCUCAUGUCGUUACUCACGACGACGAAUAUCGAGGAUAUAGUAUUAGGAAGGCCCGUGGCGUCUCUCACUUUUCUUCUUUUGCUGAAGUCUUCCUUAGGGCUCUGUUGUCUGGGCCAACGGCCAUUCUCCACGAUGAGGGCAUAUUUCCUGAUCCACACGUAUUUGAACCUCGACGAUAUCUUGGUGCGGAUUCCAAACCAAGUGCGACUGUAGUUACAGCAUUUGGCUUUGGUCGUCGCAUUUGCCCAGGACUGCAUGUCGCAGAAAAUAGCGUGUUUAUUGCAAUAGCAACGAUUCUCGCCAUGUUUCGGAUUACGAAGGCCCGCGAUCCUGAAGGCAAAGUCCUCGAGCCUAUCGUGGAAUAUGAUGGAUUCAUUUGUCACCCUCGCCCAUUCAAAUGUAAAAUCGAGCUUCGUUCAGAGCGGCACGCAGAACUAUUGGAUGAGGAUACGGUUGAGGCGUAA